AUGGCUCGUUCAAUCUCUCAUUUUGUCAGUACUGCCUUCCUUGUUCUUGUUGCUUUGGAUCUCUGCCUUGUUCAUGAGGUCAUAAGUCAGAGUCCCAACUGUUUGCCCCUCCCGAACGUGAAUGAUACUGACCGCCUUCAGUUUGCUUUGAACUUGGAAUUCUUGGAGGCUGAGUUUUUCCUGUUUGGUGCUCUUGGAAGAGGGCUCGACAGUAUCAGUCCAAAUUUGGCCGGAGGUGGUCCGCCUCCUUCUGGUGCCCAGAAGGCGUUGCUCAACCCUGUUGUUGCUCGAAUCAUCGAGGAAUUCGGUUAUCAACAAGUUGGUCAUAUCAGAGCAAUUAUUGAUGCAGUAGGAGGGAUUCCGAGGCCUCUGUUAAACAUCAGCCGCGAAAAUUUUGCGAGAGGUUUUAACGGCAUCGUGGGUUUCAACCUGAUCCCUCCUUUUAAUCCAUAUGCAAACACAGUCAAAUUUCUUUUAGCAGCCUAUUCAAUCCCUUAUAUUGGAAUAGGAGGCUAUGUUGGUAGAAUCCGUAACCUUACCACUGUUGCUGAUCGCGCGCUGGCUGCUUCACUUUUGGGCGUUGUGGCUGGACAAGAUGCGGUAAUACGAACAUUACUGUAUACAAGAGCCAAUCAAUUUGUACCUCCGUAUCCGCUCACAGUGGCCGAGUUCACAAAUCGUAUUUCAGCGCGUCGGAACUUCUUCGGCGGGUGUGGCAACAAAGACGAAGGUAUCCUGUUACCAAACAACACGCUCGGGGCUGAGAACCGGACGACAAGUAACAUCCUAUCGGCGGAUUUCAAUUCGGGGUCGUAUACCAGAACACCAGCUGAGAUCUUGAGGAUUGUGUAUGGAGGCAAUGAAUCUGUGGCCGGCGGAUUUUUCCCUCAAGGUGCUAAUGGAAACAUUGCAAUGCGCUACCUCAACAAUGGUACCGCCAGCUCAAUAGUUUAG